CCAUCCAUCUCCACUCACCAGCCGGUCUUUGACCUCGCAGGAGCAAUCCCGUCACUUACCCGUUAAUAUUCUAUUAACCGCCGUUCCUUGCCGUCAUACCCCUUGAAGGCGACUCCCAUUAUGGCUAUGCCUAUGAAUAAUAACAGUAGUACUUCAAGUCUUUUGCAGCGGUUUCUGGACAAAAAUCCCCAAAUUACUGUUUUCGCCAGCUGCUACAGUGUGGACAGUUCCACCUCAACCGUCAAUGGCUUCCACUACUGCACUACGAACGGGGCCGGAGUGCAGUGGUAUCCCUGAGGUCCUCUCAGGGUUGAAAACCGAUCCUAUAAGUCCUCCCCUCGAUACUUCGCUCGCUUCCCCAAUAGGAAGCGAUUACAUGGCGAAUGGUUCACCGGAGCCGAAAGGGGAGGCAACGUAUAUCAUCCCGGGAGAGUGUGAGAGGCUCUUCUGUGACAAACUGACUGGGAUUUUCCUUGGUGAGAGGAGGUUGCCCAGGCAGGAAUCACUUGGGGUAGAUGCGUCCCGAAUUCAGCUGCAUAAUGACGAGUAUCCAAAUGGGCGAAUUGGAAGAUGGGUUGAAGUAUUGGAUUAUACCAGCGACCUUAUAUACCGAGGAUUCGUAACUGACACAAACGACGAGCGUGCACUAUUUGUAUUUCUCCCAGAAACGUCACUCCGACACGGCUUGAAAUCCGGUUUGAUUGCCUUGUUUGAAUUAGCCAGCAUGCGGGCAUUUGGAUGUUCACAAAUAGUCGCAUGUGUGCCUCGCUCGCAAGAUGGCGGCGACCUGGAAAUUACAAGAAAUCUCGGAUGGUGUGGGUUUGGCUUAACAACUCUGCAGCCAUGGGAUAAUAAGAAUCGUCUCAGUGCGCCAGUCAGCACAAGAUGGAUAUUCUUAAGUGCCGAGGUUUAAACCCAGCUUAUUCAAUAUCGACUAGUUGUCUUUUUAUUUAGUUGACCUGGCUUUUGAAUUCUGAUAUGUAUAACUCUUUGCCGCCAAGUUGUUCCCGUUAAUAUACUGUUUCAU